AUGUCCCUCACUCCUCACUGGGCUGUUGUGGAGCUCAGCUGUGGCUUGGAUGCGACCUGGAAUCUGCGCCACAACCUCUGUGCUUUCAUGUCCCCUUCACCGGGCUGCACACACUGUGACCCAAGUCACCGCGAUGAGGGAGAGGGGCUCCGAACUCGGGUCACUCCCAAUCCACCUUGGAGACGCGGAUCUGGUGUAGACCAUCUCCAAAGACAGCAGCAGCAGGAGAGAGAGGAAGGUGUCCUUCCAAUUUCCAAGUGCAGAGCCAGUCAAGCCCACCCGGCCCCUCGGUACCCGAAAGGCCGGUUGGAUACCCGCCGGGCGGCGGGCCGGAUCUCCCCGCCACCUGCAUGGGAACACAGGCGCCCCCGGAGCAGGGUCAAAAUCGUCAAGAUGUCCACAAUCCCAAAGCACUUUGGCCUGAAAAACAAAGAAGAAUCACACAUGUUUAAAGAGCUUGAGAAGGUUCGCCAGGAGACUAAAAAGGAUUUUCUCCAAUUCAAACAGAAAUUGGCCUCCAAGCCGGCUGUAGAUGAAGGCUCAGUCUACAGCCUCCGUGCCUCCAGCCCGGCUCACCCUAGGUGCGUUUCCUAUGCUGGACCCCCAACAUCGAAAGUGCCCUCUCCGGCUAAAGGCCCUGAGAUCCCGGCUGUGGCCAUCCUGCAGAAGGCGCUCGGAGGCGCCGCGCGUCCCUCGGGCCGGGCCGCUCCCGCGAACACCCCGAUGUUUCAGCCCCAGGACUUUUACUUGCGGAGCUCCCCGUUCCUGCGGCACCGCGCCCAGAAGAAGCCUCCAGUCAUCGCCUCGGGGGUCGGCACGGCCAAACCUGUGGUCCUGCUGCCGCCGCCCACACCGCGGGUGAGGCCCUCAGCGCGCGGGGCCCUGGAGAGCCCACGGCCCGCGGCCUCCAGGCGGGACCUCCACCUGCCCCGGGGGCGCGAAGCGAGCCGGGAGAUGGCCCGGUCCGCAGGGGCCUGCAAGGCCAGGGAGAGUAAGGCCAGCUCCCUUUCCAGCGAGGAAAGCGACGCGGAGGCGGGCGGCCGGCGGAGGAGAGUGAGGAUUCGCACCUACUUCGUGUGCGAGGGCGAGGGCGCGGCUGGCAAGGCGCGGGAAGCGGCCGUGGCGGUGUCCAGAGCAGAGCGGGAGAGCGGCUCGCUGAGCGACGCGCUGGAGGCCGCCGCGCAGACGCCGCUGCCCGCCCGAGCGAUGCCCACGUCCAUCGAGGAGAUCAUCGUCUCGCUGCAGUCCGAGGCCCAGCUGGCCUCCGACCAGAUCAUCACAGAGCUCAUACAGAGCGUUCUCGGCCAGAACUACGACAUUAAAGUGGAAAAUAUGCUUAAGGAGCUUCCUAAAGCCGUGUCAAGUAUGUUCCAGACUGAACAGGAGGAUAUAGAAUGGGGAGCCCUAGAAGCAGAAAGCACAGUAUUGAAACCUCAGGAAAUUUCGGAAGUUCAGCCAGCAGUGGAAUCAAGUAAACCUUUGGAAGAUGGACAGCCCAAAAAUGAUGCAAAAGCUGCCAAGCAUGCGCCUUUAAAGGCUGAGGUGAUGAGGUCCUUGUUGUGGGGGGAGCUGGCAGUGAGUAUGGAGAAGGAGCACACUGGAGCAACCUUGUGUGGGAAGAAACUCAGUUUUGUGGUGAAUAUGCAGGUGAAGGAGGAAGGAGUCAAAGAUGUUUUCACUCUUCAUGAUGAAGAAUCUAGAAUGCCACAAAACGACUCCACUCCUCACCUUCAUGAUCUGUGCACCACUGUCCCAGCCCGGGAGUUGCCCAUAGACUUGCGCCUGGCUUCUCGAGUGUAUCACACUGCCGAUAAGAAAGGCCACGAUACCCUCCUUGGAGUAUUUGGAACACCUUUCUUAAAUGAUCACUUUACAGAUGAAGAACAAAAAGAUAGGUAA